UUCCAAUUCCAAUUGCAAUUCGAAUUCCAAGGUUAUUGUGCAACACCAGCAGCCACCACCACCAAUCCAACAACAAUAAUCUACGUUAAAUAAAAUACCCAAAUGAAUACUAUUAUGCGAGUAACGGAGUAACGGAAAAGUAAAACGCUAAGCGCAGUGUGUUCGAAACCCAAAAAUCGCGCUCCUCCACGCAGGUGACUUGGUGAUUUGCAUGCUAGCCAGUGAUCAGCUGGAAGGGAACUGGGAACCUGGCUGCUGCGGAUUCAUGCCGCUGGAUGUGGACGCAGGGCAGCAACUGAAGCUGGAGCGGCUCUGGCGGGAACAGAGGGAACAGAGGGAUCAGACGGAUCUGACGGAUCGAGAGAGAGCCGAUCGCCACCCAAGAAUACCGCUCCGCAGCCCACACUACUGAUGAUGAUGGGGCCAUGAGCCCAUCAUUAUUCGCAUUGAAUUGGAGUCGCAAGCGCGUCUCAAGCGGGCCUGCACCAUGCUAGCACCGCCGAACCCGAGGUCAAUAUGCGGCCAGGACCCGGGCUGGUCGUGAUGGCGCUUGCGUUUAUUUCGGGGGCUCGGCGUGGCAGCAGCAGCAGCAUCAGCUCAGCAACAGCAACACCAACAGCGGCAGCAACAUCUGCAGCGGCAGCAGCAGCAGCGGCGGCAGCACAAACAUCCGCAGCAUCAACAUCCGCAGCAGCAGCAGCAGCAGCAGCAAACACAGCAGGCGGCCGUAAAAGGGGCAGAAGUGGCGGCGGAGUCGGAGGCGGAGGAGUUGCAACCACGUUACCGUCCACUGGCGAGUCGUCGUCAUCGUCAUUCGUUCGCAGCUCUGGCUCAUACCUGCUGCCCAUCUUCCUGCCCCACCAUCUCGACUUCGCGCUCCAGUUCCACCCACAACUGCCGCCGCGGGAGUACAGCCAGGACCAGGCCCACUCCGAGUCCUGGGCAUCCUCGAGGAUCGCGGACAGGCUUCAGCAGCGGCGACGACGACGCGAGAGCAGCAGCAGCAGGGAUAUAGCAGGUAGGGCAGGCGGAACAGGCGGUACAGGCGGGUCGGGAGCGGACCCAGGAGGUCUGGGAGUCACAGCCGGUCACAGCACCGAGUCAAGCGAGGCCAACAACCAGGAGGACGACGGCCAGGAGGAUCGCGGCCUGACAGUGCAGUUCCCCUCGUCGCAGGCCUACGACGAGGACCAGGACAUCUUUGCCCUGGUGGCCGAGGACGACCUGCUGUCCGAGGAGUCCUUCGAUCGCCUGAUCAAGCUCAACGAAGACGCCGACGAGGAGGACUACAAUCUGCAGCAGCAGCAGCAGCAGCAGCACUUGCCGCAACACAAGCAGCAGCAACAGCAACCCGGAGCGGAAACGGAAAUAGACACAGAGCCAGAGAGCGAGACGGAGACGGAGACGGAAACGGAGACGGAGACAGAGACAGAAGCGGAAGCGGAAAGAGAGACCGAACAGCAGCAGCAGGACGAGAGCCGACUGAUUGAUGAAGGUGUCCUGCAGCACAGCGACCACAGCAACAGCCACUCGAAGGAGUUCGCCAUCAGCUACGAUAACAACAAUAACAAACGGGAGGCCAGCGGCCACAUCCUUGAUGCCCAGACGGCUCAGUUGAUUGGCCACAAGGAUAACACCGCGCCCGCCUUGGCCAGCACCGAGUCGGCAGGAGCCAGCAGCAUCACCACAUCCUUGCCAGCGCCCGUGGAUCUGAAGAAGUCCAUACUCGGGACUGCGACUUCGCUAACACGCCUUAAUCCUUGGAUAUCAGCCUGUGAUCUGGCACAGCCGGGCACAGGAACCGACUUGCAGGGUCAGUGCUCGGCUGGUACACUGCCCAUGGCCUGGGUCGAUGAGGGACCCGGGCCCCCAACCUGCCCGCGAUCCUGCGCCGAGCAGCAGCAACAGAAGCCAGUGGCCUCCAAGGCCAAGCGGAGUGCCACCAGUAACAAUAAAGUCAAGUAUUUCGUAAACUAUAAGACAACCCAGAUGCGAUUGCGCCGCGCUGGGGACCACGCGAUGGACGCCACCGACAGCCAUUCCCCGCUGGCCAGCGAGCGGCCUCCGAGCACCACCGACGACCAGGACGUGGACGUGGAGGUGGACGCGGACGUGGACGUGUCCUCCACCACCGAGGAGGCGGAGCCGGAGCCCACGCUGUCCUACAGCCAUCUGCACGCCCAGGAGCCGGUCCUGGCCCACCAGCAGGAUCCGCGGGAGCGGGAGCGGGAGCAGGAGCAGCAGGAGCAACAACAGUGCCUUGAAUAUCUGGGCGAUUCCGCCGAGUCGAGUCCGCAGCACCUGUGCGGCCUCCAGUCACCUGGUCACCUGCUGGAGCGGCUGAAGGUCCUGCGGCUGCGCAACUGCUGCGAGAGGAGCGUCUUCAGCUCCCUGCACACGCUGGCCCUCAAUGCCAGCCUCACCGAUCGGCAGGAGUGCGUCCGCGUGCUCAGCGACCUGCUGGACGUGGAUGGACUGGCCAACAGGAUCACCUGCGAGCUGGCCGAGAUCCUCUUCCGCUUCGACUGCCGGCAGGUCUACUCGCUGAUCAACCAGUGCGACGACUGCAAGGAAGCAUAUCGUCGCUGGGUCUGCAGUACACUAGUGCCGUAUUUCGCCGAGCCAAAGGACGUGUCGCCGCAGUCGCAGUCGCAGCCGAAGGACGAGGGGCAGGGCAAGGGCAAACGCUCGGCGAGGAGUGCGGAGGCAAUGGCGACGGCGGACGGAAUCAAGCAUAAAUCUCUGAAAUUAAUCAGCAAUAACAAUAAAUCAAAUAACGGCAAUAACAUGAACGAGCGUCAGAUUAAUCAGAAGCAUGACAAGAGCUCCAAUGCGAACGCGAAGGCGAACUCGAACACGAACUCGAACGCCAGCAAGGACAUUGACCGCAGCGUGGAGGAGGCGAUUGACAGGGACCUGGCCCAGACAUUCUUCGAUGUUGUUGGCCUGUCUAAGCCCCGCCGCGGCGAGGAGGAGCUCCUGCCGGAGGACGAGGCUGGAUUAGGACGCAGUGCGGACGCGGACUCCGAGGUGGACAAGGGUGCGGAGGCGGACAGGAACAGAGGUAGGAACAGGGAGACGGAGAUGGAGACGGAGAGGGAGGCGGAGCUGGAGCUGGAUACGGAGGCCGAGGCCGAACAACAAUCCAAUAAUUUCAUAUCGACUGCCAAUAAUUCGGAUCCCAGAGCUACGGAUCCAGUGAUAUCAAAACUACAGAAGAGAUCAACACGCAAGACAGAGUUCCGUAAGCGUCGUCGUAUCCGGCCGUGCCUGAGCGUCUGCCAAACCGUGGAACAAAAGUGCCCCUACCUGCUGCCCGCCGAUCGCGCCCCUGCGCUGCCCACCCAAUAUGCCGGCGAGCCGACAUUUCUCUGCCUAGAUCAAAACAUACCCGAGACAGGGGCGCAGCUGGAGAAGUCGAGCUACGGCCCCAACGACUGCUGCUACAGCUACUGCAACGGACCGGCCUCCGGAAUCUGCACCGUCUGCCAGGACUUCAGCCAGCCCCGCUCGCAGGAGGGCGAAGUGGCGGGCAACUCCACCCGCCGUGUGCACAACAUCACGCUCUCGCUGAGCUCACAUCCCGGCGAGCACGCCCGCGCCAAGAGCGUGGCUUUGGCCCUGCGCAACGUCAGCCAAACCGGAAGCGAUCCGGACGCCGUGGAAACGCUCCUCGACCGCCUGCCGUACUACGCCAGCCACGACGGCAUCUUCUACUACGACGAGGAGGGCGAGAUGCCGCACGCCUCGCUCUCCGGCGACUGUGCCGUAGUGCCCGCCGCGACCACGCGCUGCUCCAUUCCGUACUUCGCCUCCGGGACGGGUGCGGUGGCCAGGCCGCCGACGCAGCUGCUGGUCUGGCUGAGCGCCCUGCUCGGCCUGCUCAGCAGCUGUGGAGCGGCGCGCCAGAGGUGGAGCUGCCAGUGGAGCGGUGGCUGCGGCGCCCACCGGGGUCGCAGUCGCCAGGCGGUCGCCUGCGAGGCCAGCUGCCACGAGCAGGAGCUGGUGAAGAGCAGGAGCUGCAGCCAGCGGAGUCCGAAAGUGCGCAGGAAGGAACAGGUCAGGCCGGGAAGUCGGGAUCAGGACGCCGAGCUGGUGGCCUUCAGGACGUGGCUGUGGUCCAGCUCCUGGCACGCCUACCAGCUGACCUGCAGCAAAGUGCGGUUCUUCAGUAGCCGGAGUAGGUUCAAAGGCGAGACGAGACCGGCUCGUUCAAAUCGGUCAGCAAGCUCCAAGGACCCGCGCUCGCUCAGAGGCGGGAGUGGAGUGCAGUGGAGUCGGGGGGCAGGAUGCACUAGGACUAGGAACUACCGCUUCUUCUACUACUACAACUACAACAUCAACGACUGGUGGCGGAGAUGGUGGCGCUGCCUGAGCAGCGGGGCCUUAUAGUGCCUGCGAGGAAUAGGGACUACCAUGACGACUCCCUCUCCAGCGAGGAUACCGGGGCGAUACCAAGCACUAGUAGUAGCUAACUCAGAAGCGAUGCAAAUGCGUAUGCAGAUGCAUAUGCAUAGUAGAUGUGGCAUAGUAGAUGGUCCGAGGAAGACACAUAGUGACGCAGUGACACAGAGCACGCAAAUCCACGGAAUACGAAUUAAACGAAACGGAAAACAGAAACCACUUAAAUAUUUAUGGUCCUCUUUCAAACGAAAUAAAAACAAGCAUGAAUUAAUUAUAAAUCUCUAUUGAAACAAAACCAAAAUAGCAUAUUUUAUUACAACUAGAACAAAGAAUAUGAAUAUUUAAUUAAACAAAAAGCAACUGCCACAAGAAUAGGUUUUUUAGAUAAACGAUAACGGAAGUAUAAAACAUAAAAAAAAAAACCAAAACAAAAAAACAAUUUAAAAAGCAUACAACUAAAACAUAAAAGGGAUACCGACGGAAAAUAUAAAUAGUUAUUAAUUUAAUUGCUGGCGAACAUAAAUACGAAACGUUUAGGUUAGCUAUAAAACAAAAAGACGAAAGGAAAAAUCCAAAUUUACUAGACUACAAAUUUGAGAGCGGCAAGGCGAUUAGAGGAAAAUGGGGAAAACCCCAUGUUCAACAUACACAAUUUCAUUCAGACAACAAGUUCGAGUAUAGGCCGCGUAUCAACCACCU